AUGGAUGGGUUCAGGGCGACGGCGGUUUGUCCUGUUGGUGGGCCGAGAGCUGUGGAAAAAGCCAGAAGAACAGCAGAAAGCAUUAUUAAAAGGACCCAGCGAAUUUUCAAACAGCUGGGUCUGGAGGACUAUGCUGAAGUCAACAUUCAAGUUCUGGGUGCUGAGGACACAUAUGGACCACAUGCGGUCGAUACAGUAGGCUGCUGUGGUUUGGAUGGCUGUCCAUCACAAGCAGAAGAAAGCGCUGGAGUUUUUCUCCAGAGAGGUGGCACCAGCGGGAACAGGCAUGGCUCCAGGACUCACAGCUAUUGUGGGAGGGUGACCAAGAAUGUAAGUGUGCACAUUCAUGUGAAUGGGGAGCUUGUGGAGACACACAGAGAGGCAGUAUUAAAGCCUUCAUUCACUGAAGGACACGACCCCUCCCUCCUCUCAGAGGAAAACAGCCCAGCACCCACAGAUCUGCCCUCCGGCCCGCAUACCUUCAGACUGGACGAGUUGGCAUAUACGCGCAGUGGAGACAAAGGGGACUCCUCAAACAUCGGGGUCAUUGCAAGACAUCCAUUGUAUUUCCCCUACCUGAAAAAGUGUUUAACUGCUGAAGUUGUGGAGCAGUAUUUCCAGCAUUUGAUCAGAAAGGAUCAGACUGAUCUACCCUGCGUCAUACGGUACGAACUGCCCGGCAUUCAUGGUCUGAACUUCAUUCUUCCAAACUCACUUGGAGGGGGAGGGGUGGCGUCACUGCGCAGCGACCCCCAGGGAAAAGCCUACGGGCAAAUGCUGCUUGACUACAAACUGAGAGGCCUACCUGAUUUGAAAUCGCUGGUCGAUUAAAAAGGACAAGGACUGAAUGAUGUCAGGGUGCGUGCCUAGACUUUUCAGAUGUAAAAAGUGCUAUAAAUGGAUAAUGUCAGUAAUGUUUGAAAAUGCCCAGAUGGAUAAUAUUAUGAACUUUGCAUGAUGUAAACAGUGUCUUCCAUUUCAGUUUGCAUCUACAACUGUUCAAGCUAUUGCAGUGAAUCAAAAUGUGAACUUUUGUAACAUAUUAUGGUGCCUUUUAUCAGUUUUACAUUUUAUUAUGCAAUUAAUACUCAUAUGAAAGAUUAGUAGUAUGAAUGCACAUUAAAAAAUAGAAUUUUAUCAGAGAAAACAAAAUAAAGAGCUAAUUGAAGCUGAAUGUCAGUUUUGGUGGGUUGUUGUUGAACAUGCAUGCACUUUGAUAUGCAGUGAGGACAUUAGAGAACGACAUCCUUUACUAGUUGUGUUGAGUUGGCCACGUCUAACAGGCGACGGCAAAACAAUAAACCCUUGAAGUCCAGAGGCACAGCGUCCUCUCAUUACCUCUGACCCCUAUCGACACAGGAAGUCAGAGAGCAAAAGGUUUUUCCUCUUCUGAUGACUGUUUACUGUUGAGGAUACAUGUGUGUAUUCUAAGAAAGAAGAAGAAUUAGCUUUAAUGCUACAGGGAACAAAAGUACUACUUCAUGAUCAGUGAAGUAAUGUUUUGAAUGAUGGUCGUAAAUGUUCCAAACUCAACUACCUCAUGCAUUUUUAUUCACCAUGACAUUAACACAUUCUUUUAUCAGGUUUUAUGGGAAAUCGUUCAUACUGGGAUGUUUUGACCUGCAUUAACAUGCGCUAACAGCAUGACCUCAGUGGCGCAGAGUGAUCAAUGGCAAGUGGAAGGCGAGACAUGUGAAGAGUUCAUUUGUCAACGGCCGACAGACAGAUCCAGCAGUUCCUCAUUGUGCGCAGCUUCUUGGCUUCAUCUCAAUGCAACAGAGUGUCAUUCACAACAAACACAUACACGCUCACAUAAACCGAAAUCACUUUCUCUCUCAAAACUCGCACAUUUAUCACAAGCGCAUUCAGCUGUCACAUACAAACGCUGGGAUGCUGGGGGACAAAACAGGGAAGGAAGAUAAAUGGCUUGUCAUUUAUCACCCACUAUCUUUCAGCGCUCCACUGCUGUUCAAACAAGCAACAGCCUCGAGAGAGAACCGAAUCACUAAUCACUCAACAUUCAGCUUUUGCCCUCACUUGGACACAUUUGUUACCACUGUGACACUGAUUUUUCCUCCUGUCCAUCAUCGCUCUCCAACUAAACUGAACCUCAGAGGGAGGGCGGCUUUUGGGGGCAGCUUUAAUCCUUUCCUUUAUCUCUGAGUUAAGACUGUUUUGCAUCAUUACACUAGUACUUUACCAUUUAAAAGUCCUUUAAAGCUAAAUGUGGGUUUUUAUAAACUUUGCAUUAAGGAUUGUAUGGAGCUGGACUAUUUACAAGACAAUCAGUUGUUUUCAUUCCAUUGAACACUCUUUGUUUAGACCAUUAGUGCUAUUGGUAUUCAUUAGUAGUGCUGCUGAACUCGUGGUGAAUUCAAUCCUUUUCUGUUUUGGAAACGUGAUGGCUGUAUUCCUGGGGACUUUUAAUAAAGUGCUGACAUGUGCUGUGUCUGCACGUCCUGCAAACUGGUCUGUUUGUAAAGGGAGCUCUUGUUUGGUGCGGUUUGGGUGAACGUAUUGAGGACUUUGAUUAUUGCCACAUGCCAUGAACCAGCUCUCAACCUCAAACCACCGUUAGCCAAACGUUCUGCUCUCACUUUUUCCACAUUCAUCUACUCUGCAUGUACCUACAUCAGAGAAAGUCCAGACACCCCUGGAGCUCUGAGACCUUCGGUUUAACUAGUUUAUUUGUUCGUUUUCCAGCAAUAGCCCUAUGAAUAAAAUAAAUAGAUUUACAGAACAAAGU